GGUCUACCCCUUCCUGAACAACUUGAACGGCAACCACAACACGAAAGGGUUGGUGACAGUUCUGAUGCCACAAAUCACCAAAGACAUGGACAAGCUCGCCUCAGUCCUCAGGCAUGUCAAAGCCUUGCUGCCGCAGCUUAUGGGAAAGUUGUCCACCCCAUCGCUAUUGGGCUACGACUGCCGGGCCUUCGGUCUCCUUUUCUCAAGGUUUUCGCAGCACAGGAGUGCAGACAUGCAGGAAUUGAGACUCAAAGCCUUCCAGCUCCUGCGGCCGAAGAGCGAGAAGCCUGCGAAGCCGUGGCCGCACGCGCCACGAACUCGCAAGGAUCCCCUGCUCUUCCGAACAUCGAAGGUCGUCGAGAGCUUGACAUGCGGGAUGGAGCGUCCUCCGUUCAAGCCCCCUCCGGAGUUCAGUCAGAAGCGCGAUGCCGGCCAGGAGGUCGAUUCGAUAUGA